AUGGAUGGCUCGCCUGGUAUCAGUUGGUGGGUUGGUGAUCGAGCUCGCGCGGUCUGUGGCCUGGCUACACUGUUGGGACGCGUUGUGGCCGAGACUGCACGGGUCGUGUUGUGCGCAUCGGCGCUGGGCCACGAGGACCUCAUGCGGGACGUUGUUGGAACACACGGAGUGCUGGGCAUGCCAAGACGGGUCGUACGGAGCUCGCGGGUCAUGCUGGGAACACGCAAAUCUUGCUCCGGGUCGCGCUGGUUUGUGCGUGAACUGCCUAGGCAUUUACAGCAAAAAAACCAGUGGGCCGUGAAACAACCGCUCUCGUUGAUUUUCGUGAAUUUUGAGCUCGAAUCGACAGCGAACAGAGUUUUCUCGCUCUUGUUCGGUUUCAUGAAACUGAAUGGGAGGAAGACAUUGGACUUGGACGUCGACCGGAAGAGAGUGAACAGUGAUGACCGCCAUCAGCCGCCGACCGACGACCAAGUGAGGAAGACGACUCCGAUCUGUGCGUGCGUAAUGAUACUUGGUGGUGUGUGUGGGUAA